AUGUCAAAAGCCGUUGGUAUUGAUUUAGGUACUACAUAUUCUUGUGUAGCUCACUUUUCAAAUGAUAGAGUUGAAAUCAUUGCUAAUGAUCAAGGUAACAGAACUACUCCAUCUUUCGUUGCUUUCAACGAUUCAGAAAGAUUAAUUGGUGAUGCUGCCAAAAAUCAAGCUGCUAUGAACCCAGCUAACACUGUAUUCGAUGCUAAAAGAUUAAUCGGUAGAAAAUUCGAUGAUUCUGAAGUCCAAGGUGAUGUUAAACAUUUCCCAUUCAAAGUUGUUGACAAAGGUGGUAAACCACAAAUUCAAGUUGAAUUCAAAGGUGAAACCAAAGUCUUCACCCCAGAAGAAAUCUCAUCUAUGAUCUUAACUAAAAUGAAAGAAACUGCUGAAGGUUUCUUAGGUGCUAAAGUCAAUGAUGCCGUCGUUACUGUUCCAGCUUACUUCAACGAUUCCCAAAGACAAGCUACUAAAGAUGCUGGUUUAAUCGCUGGUUUAAACGUCUUAAGAAUCAUUAACGAACCAACUGCUGCUGCCAUUGCUUAUGGUUUAGAUAAAAAAGAUGAACAAGAAAAAAAUGUUUUAAUUUUCGAUUUAGGUGGUGGUACUUUCGAUGUUUCUUUAUUAUCCAUUGAAGAUGGUAUUUUCGAAGUUAAAUCAACUGCUGGUGAUACCCAUUUAGGUGGUGAAGAUUUCGAUAACAGAUUAGUUAACCAUUUCAUCAAUGAAUUCAAGAGAAAAAACAAGAAAGAUUUAUCUGGUAACCAAAGAGCUUUAAGAAGAUUAAGAACUGCUUGUGAAAGAGCUAAGAGAACUUUAUCCUCAUCCGCUCAAACUUCAAUUGAAAUUGAUUCAUUAUUCGAAGGUAUUGAUUUCUACACUUCAAUCACCAGAGCUAGAUUCGAAGAAUUAUGUCAAGAUUUAUUCAGAUCUACCUUGGACCCAGUUGAAAGAGUCUUAAGAGAUGCUAAAGUUGAUAAAUCUCAAGUUGACGAAAUUGUCUUAGUUGGUGGUUCAACCAGAAUUCCAAAAGUACAAAAAUUAGUCUCAGAUUUCUUCAACGGUAAGGAACCAAAUAAAUCAAUCAACCCUGAUGAAGCUGUUGCUUAUGGUGCUGCUGUCCAAGCUGCUAUCUUAACUGGUGAUACUUCAUCAAAAACCCAAGAUUUAUUAUUAUUGGAUGUUGCUCCAUUAUCAUUAGGUAUUGAAACUGCUGGUGGUAUCAUGACCAAAUUAAUCCCAAGAAACUCCACUAUUCCAACCAAAAAAUCAGAAACUUUCUCAACUUAUGCUGAUAACCAACCAGGUGUCUUAAUUCAAGUUUUCGAAGGUGAAAGAGCUAAAACCAAAGAUAACAAUUUAUUAGGUAAAUUCGAAUUAUCCGGUAUCCCACCAGCCCCAAGAGGUGUCCCACAAAUUGAAGUUACCUUCGACAUGGAUGCUAAUGGUAUCUUAAACGUUUCUGCCGUCGAAAAAGGUACUGGUAAAACUCAACAAAUUACCAUUACCAAUGAUAAAGGUAGAUUAUCCAAAGAAGAUAUCGAAAGAAUGGUCAACGAAGCUGAAAAAUAUAAGGAAGAAGAUGAAAAGGAAGCUUCAAGAAUUGCUGCUAAGAAUGCUUUAGAAUCAUACGCUUACUCAUUAAAAUCUUCAUUAGGUGAAGAACAAUUAAAAUCCAAAUUAGAAGAAUCAGAAGUUGAAGAAGUUACCAAAGCUGCUGAUGAAACUAUUGCUUGGUUAGAUGAAAAUCAAACCGCUACUACAGAAGAAUUCGCUGAUAAACAAAAAGAAUUAGAAGGUAAAGCUAACCCAAUCAUGGCUAAAGCUUACCAAGCUGGUGGUGCUCCAGGUGGUAUGCCAGGUGCCGCUCCAGGUGGUUUCCCAGGUGCUGGUGCUCCUGAUGCCGGUAACGAUGGUCCAACUGUUGAAGAAGUUGAUUAG